AUGGUCAUCCUGCGCUCCAAGGAGCAGCAGAGUUUAGAGGUGAAGUAUAUGACCUUACACAACCUCGAUGAGGUGAUGGAGCUCUUUACACAUCAAGUGAAAGAGGGAGAAGAGGAGGAGGAUGAAGAGGAGGACGAGGAGUCAGAGGAGGAGGACUCAGAUCCUGCCAAGCUGGACGAUGAAAUCGCUGCGUCCGUCUUCAAAAACAGAGGCAGCUUUCUGGACAUGGACUCAAUCACCCAACUAACCUCUGACAACUUCCACACUGCAGUAGCACAAAAAAGCCUCACUGUGGUGCUGUUCUACCUCAAAUGGGAUGCUGUUUCAAUGGCUUUCCUCAGCUCUUUCAUUGAAGUUGCAGAGAGACUUGAGGACUCUGAGGUCGACAACGUGCAGAUGAGCACAGUCGACUGUGGAGAGUGGACUGACCUCUGUGCUGCUCAGUCAGGAAGAUCUCUCCCGGCCCAGUUCAAGCCAAUCACGGCCUUCCCCAGUGUCUGGGUUUUUCAGCCCCAGGAGUCAGCACGGCACUUCAGCGGCAUGCUGGGUAGCGAGGCCCUGCAUCGCUUCAUCAUGCUGAGCUGCUCAGCCUCUCCCGCACUACUGUCCACAGAGGAGGAAGUGACAUCAUUUCUACAGGGAGAGCCUCACCCUGAGUUAGCAGGGUACAAGCCUGACAGAGUACUGGGACUGUUUAAGUCACAAACACAUGCAGGUGCACCAGUGUUUACUGAAGCAGCAGAGUCACUGAGAGGAGAGGUGCUAACUGGACUGCUGACAGACGCACUGGCAGAGAAAUGGGCCGCAGACCACACUGUGGACCUUCCUGCAGUGUUGGCGUUUCCAUCCUGGAAGACACACACUCGUCCCUCCGCGCUGCCUGUGUCGUCCUCUGCCAAGGAGCUGCUCACACACAUCAACACUGCACUGCUCCAUCCAAUGCCUGAACUGACAGUGGAAAAUCUGCCGUCCUUCUUCUCUCUGGGCAAAGCCCUCCUGCUCCUUUUUGUGGGAGAGGAGGAGGAUGAGAUCGGGCGGAGGCAGAACCAGGCGCUGGUGGAGGAGAUGGGAAGAGUGGUGGAGCUGGGAGACGGGAGGAUGGAGCGGUAUCUCGCCUGCUGGAUUCACCUUGGCCGAACUCCGGCUGGCAUGUCGGUCCUGGGGUCAUACCUGGGCUCUAUGCCCCCCCUGCCUGCUCUGGUCCUCACCCAUUUACCCACUGGAGGGGAGAUCUAUCAGUACCCCCCCAACACCCCAGUAGUGGCCCCGUCUGUCCUGCAGUGGCUGCAGAGGAUCGAGGAUAAGACAGAGUCACCUGCAGGGAUGCUGGGUGAAGACAAUUGGCCUCCUGCUGUCAAGUUCUACGAGUUUCUAAAAAUCAUGGACACGCAGGAACCUGGCUCUUCCCGGCAGCAGGAGCCCAAAGAGGAGGAAGAGGAGAAAGAGGAUGAGGAGAAUAUGGAAGGCGAUUUGUCAUCGGAGGAGACAGAUUCCUCCUCCAGCUCUUCUGCUCCUGAUGCUACGACGAACACUCACUCUGAACUGUAACAAUUUUUUAAUAUAAAAUGAUUUUUCUAUAAUGCGUCUUUUAUCGUCAGAUUAUUGAAUGUAAUUUCUUGGAAUUCUAUUCUCAGAUUAGAAAAGAUUUAUCAGAAAACACAUUAAUGAAUGACAUGACUGUGAAGUUGUUAUGAUAUUUGUACAUUUCUGUGUCCUAAGUAUAUAUUUUUUAAUCAUUUUUAAUGUCACUCAACACAUCUAAAGUUACAGCUACAGCAGGACCCAAAUGCAAUAAAUGGAUGAAUUUAAAGGUUAGCAAACAAAAUCCAGAAAUCCAGGAACAGAAUAUCCAAAACCAAAAGUCAAGAAUUAAACUUUGCAAAAAAAGACUGAGCCGAAUAUCAACAUCUAAUCAUCAAAAAGUUGCACAUAGUUUUUCAAAGGUUCAUGAUGGAGGCAGAAUUGUGACAUGAAGAAAUUUUAUCAGGCGUGUUAACCGUUAACAGAAGUGUUCAGUUUCAUUUCCUGCAGUCGGGCUCCACCACAUCACUGUGGCUUUGUUUCCAAUUCACUGCGAAUCCUUUUGCUUUUAGGGGAUUGGCUGACUUUAAUUUUUUUUUUUUUAUUUGCUCAAACUCACAGGAAGUGAAAUGCUUUAUCUGCUAAAUUUAUUUUUAACUUUGUAUCUCAACUAAAGUCACUACUCAUCUUCUUUUUUUUUUUUACUGUUAAUAAACAUUGUGUGUAA